AUGGGAUUUCUGAAAGAAUACAUUGAUGACGAAAAUAUAGAGUUACCCAAUCUCGGUCUUACCAAUUCUACCACUAUUUUAAAUGAAAUUAAUCUUUCUCCAGUAGAAACUGAAGAUGUUUUGAAGUCCCUAACAGUUCACAAGGCCGUACUUCAUGAUGGUAACCUUACACCUUACGUUAUAUCGUUCCAUCGUAAUCGUACAGAUGAGCAUUCACUGCGAAAUGAAGACAAUCUGUGGAUUAUGAAUGCAGCCAAUGUGGUCUCACCAUUCGGUAUGGUAUCUGGGGGUGUUCUAGACAGAUGCCAUUGGAUGUACCCUUUUUGUACUAGCUGGACUCUCACUUAUUUUACUGUAAAGAAAUCUCUAGUUUUAGUCGCACUGUCAUAUGGCGCAUUGACGCAGUUUGGUUUCUCAAUUGCGUAUGGUCCACCAGUACAAAAAGCUUCCAAGUGGAUUCCAAAACGACCUGCUCUAGCCGUUGGGUUUAUCGUCUGCGGAGUUGGCGGUGGCGCUUUGGUCUUCAAUCAACUUAUCACAGCUUACUUUAAUCCAAACAAUUUGACACCAGAUGUCAAGACUUCAGAUGGACAGAAAUACUUCACAGAUAAGGAAGUACUGGAUCGUGUCCCAACGUUGUUCCUAAUUCUUGCUGCUGUUUAUGCUGUUUGUCAAAGUAUUGGCAUUUCUGCUCUGACAAAACCACUUCAAGAACCAGCGGUUACUGAAUAG